CAAUGACUUGCUAGAACCUGGUAUAGCUAGUAACCUACAUGGCUCACCCUUGUUAAACGAAGAUGGACGGAUGAUAGUGACAUUAGUUCCAAAACUUUCUGAGCACAUGAACUCCUCGGAUCGUGCUGGCUGUUUCAACGGGAGGAACAACUGCUUUGAAGAACACGUUUGCAAGUGUUCCAAAACUAAUGUUCAUGACAUUGUUGUGAUUAAUGUGGGUGGGCAGAUAUUUCAGACAAAGAGGUCCACUCUACAGAGAUAUCCGGAGACUUUGUUAGGAUCAGAAGAGAUCGAAGAAUUCUAUAUGCCGGAGACAAAAGAAUACUUCUUCGACAGAAACAGAUCAGCAUUUGAACCCAUACUCUACUAUUACCAAUCUGAGGGGUUGAUCUGCCUCCCCGCUACAGUUAACCCGGAUGUGUUUGUUGAGGAACUGAGGUUCUUUAAGAUAGACGCUGAUGUGAUAAAGAGGCUAGUGGGUCAUAACGAGGACGAACCUUCGUCUGAAGACUUAGAUUAUUUUAAGCAUCCGCUUCAGAGGAAAUUGUGGCAGCUGUUUGACGAGCCUCAGUCUGGUCCUGUUGCACGCACUCUGGGCUACUUUGACCAGGUGGUUAUCUUCAUGGCUGUUAUUUGUCAGUGCUUGGAGUCUCUCCCCGCUAUCAGACAAGCCAAGUCGCCUGAUGACCCACUGUGGGGCGCAUUAACUGUGUCAGUGGCUAAAAUAGUGAUAUUAUCCGUGGAGCGGGUGAGUAUAGUUUGGUUCACACUGGACUUUGUUAUGAGAAUCCUAACCUGUCCUGACAAAUCUCUGUUCGUAAAGUCCAUCCUCAACUGGUUCGACCUUCUGGCAGUGAUACCUUUCUACUUAGAACUCAUGGCUCACCAUCUCAACCCGCCCUUCAUCAUGGUUCUUCGUCUCUUCAGAGCUCUCAGAAUUGUCCGUAUCUUCAAAAUAUCCCGUUACUUCCAAGGACUGUUUGCGUUGGGAUACGCUCUUAAACAAAGCGCGGGGGAGCUCCUCAUCCUCACCAUGACUCUGAUAACAUUUGUAGCACUUUACAGCAGCUUGAUGUUCUUCACAGAGGGGUGUGCGGAUGUAUGCGACGAACACGGGUGUGGUGACCAGUGCACUAAUGACACUCCCAACAAGUUUGACAGUGUUGUGGCGGGAUUCUGGUGGAGUAUUGUCACCAUGUCUACUGUGGGUUACGGGGAUUAUGUUCCUAAAACUCCACUUGGGAAACUGGUGGGGUCACUCUGUGCUUUGACUGGUAUUCUUGUUAUUUCCCUGCCUUUUCCUAUCAUUAUUACCAACUUUAAUCGAUUCAUGAAAAUAAGAAGGCCAAAAGUUGGCAGAUACACUACGAUUGAUGAUGGCUGUCACGAGAACUUUGAAGGAAUGUACCCCGAGUAUAGUGGUGUAGCUUACGGGUUUUUAUCACAACGUAGGAGAUCAAUACCGGGAAUUAAGACGGUAGAGAACAGUGUGAAUCUAGUUUCUUGAUUUCUAAAUUUGAUAUGAAGGUUGAUUUCUGGAGGUCUGAGGAUGAUUUUGAUGGUACAUUUAAUAAUUUAUUUUAAUGUUCAGUAUCUACUUAAAGAGAAAUAAAUUAAAUUUGUGGACAUUUUGGAAUUUUGUCAAGUUGCUGGCACAGUUUUUUCGGGAUUCUGCUUGUGAAAAUGCUUGCAAGUGAUUAAAAUUAAAUGAAUCGUUCUCGCUGUUAUCAAACAUUAUGGUGUAUAAUCAUUUUUAAGAGAGCAACGGUCUGCAAAAAUAAUUUUGUUCAAUAAAUUGCAUACUAUUUUGAUCAAUCAUAAUCAAGUAAAAACAUUUAAUUGUAUCUUAAAAUUAUCGAUGAGAUGAUGGAUCGGGAAACGUCUGACAAUAAAUUCAUCGUAUUUAAAAGUAUCCAGAAAACAAGCUAUAAAACCAGCUCCUAAAACUGUUCCGUCCUUAUUAAAUGAUUAUGAACUUCUUAUUUUCUUAUAUUCUGCUUCAAAAAUGUUUAUUUAAAGGCUUCCUAAAAUCUUGCCUCUCCAGAUUUGAAGGGUUCAAACAAAGCUUUCUUCGGAGCUUUGUACUGCACAGCUUUGGGUUGCACAGCUUUGGACUAUACAGCUUUCUGCUUUGGGUGGCACAGCUUUGGGUUGCAUAGCUUUGGGUUGCAUAGCUUUGGGUUGCACGGCUUUGGGUUGCACGGCUUUGCGUAGCAGGAUGUCAUCUAUCGGGAAAUAUUUGUUUUUGUUUUCAAGUGAGUAUGAGGGGUGAGGGCUCCAGAGUCCAGGAUAUUGUUUAAUUUAUUAGUGCUAAUAUAAGAAUAUACUGAUAUUUCUUUUAUAUUAAAGGUUUAUAUUUUAUCAUAGUUCAUACCUACGUGGGCCCCAACGUGUUCAUUCAGGCAAGCGUAUUGUACUACUGUCAGCCAUGAGCCAUGAGCAACCUCAAACAUUUGUUUUAGUCCAAUGCUUAAAAAUGGUCUAAAAUUGCAGUAAAUCAUUGUUAAAUGAAAAUUCUACCUGUAAUGAAAGCAUUUAACGAUUUAAUU